AUGUAAGCGUUCAGCAUUUUAUUGUCUCUUUAGCAUAAAAGGGGGACAUUAAUAUACAAUACCUUCCAGUGUAGGCAUUGGGAUUUUAAGCUAUGAUGAUAUUUUAAACACUAUUUUAAAGCUAUGAUGUUAGUUUUGCUUUCCUGGAAUUAAUUUGAUUGUUAUUCUUUAUGCCUUAUGCUUUUUAUUGUACUGUCUUCUAUUAUUGUUACCCAUAGACUUUACAUCUGUUUCUUCUAAAUCAGUGAUAUGGGGCUGAAAAGCUUUCUUUAAUUACAGAAAUAGCUUGCCACCAAAAUAAAAACAACAUUAUAUUGGUGUGAGAGGCUUGCUUCCUGUUAAUAUUAUAUAAGGUUAAAUUUAGUAUUUUGCCUCUCAUUCUUACUGAUUUGUUUGUCUCAGUGGGCCCAAUCCUGCCACUCCUGUUGGUCUUCAGUGGUACUAUUUAUAAGAGUAAGCCUUACUUUUAGGACUAAGUGUUGCUGAAUUGGACCCUUUCUUCAGUCCCAGGAGGAUGGAAAAGGAGGAGAGAAAUAUACCUGAUUGGGUGGGGUUUGCAUAUGGAGAACAACAUGAGAUAUUUUGUUCUCAAGAAAAAAAAAAGGGGGAGUAGUGCCAGGAUUUUUCUCCACCCUUCAGAUCCAUCCAUUUAAAGGCAAUUGUUGUUCUAACACUGCAAUUUCACUCAAAGGCAACAAACAUGGCAAAACAACAUAACAAAGUAGCUGAUGAAAUAGAGAAAUUGUUGGAGAAGUCUAAAGGGUUUUCCCUUAAGGAUCUGCUGUUCUUCUCUCAGGGAACCCCAUACCCUGUCACUGUAUGCAGUGCAGAGACAUUCCAGGCCCUGGAAAACUUAGAAGCCAGAAGUGAUGAUAUGGUAUUGGUGUCUUAUCCCAAAUGCGGUGUAAAUUGGCUUAUCCAGCUCUUAAAUGAUUUGAUAUUUACAACUUCCCAGACUAAACAUAUAAACACGGAACUGCCAUUUAUUGAAUGUGGAGAUCCAGACAAAUAUCAGCGGAUGAAAUAGUUUCCAUCUCCAAGGAUUUUGGCAACACACCUCCAUUAUGAUAAUCUCCCCAAGUCUAUCUUCAGGAAUAAAGCCAAGAUACGGGUGUUGUUUCGAAAUCCUCAAGAUACCGCUGCAUCGUUUUUCCAUUUCUUAAACAACGUCUCAGACAUCCCCAGUUAUAACUCCUGGGAUGAAUUUUUCUCAGAGUUCAUGAGUGGAAAAGUCAGCUGGGGUUCCUAUUUUGACCAUGUGGUUGCCUAGAACAAACACAUUGAGGAUGAAAAUGUUAUGCUUAUAACAUAUGAAGACCUGAAAGAGAACUUGGCUUCUGGAGCGAAGCAAAUAGCUGAAUUCUUUGGAUUCUCUCCAACGGCAGAACAGAUUCAGUCUAUUGCAGACGGGGGAAGCUUCCAAGUAAUGAGAAAAAUAUCCCAGGAGAUCUAUGGCUCAGUUGGUCUGAUUCUCUUCCAUAAAGGUGCUGUUGGAGAUUGGAAGAACCUUUUUACUGAAGCUCAAAGCCAGGAAAUGGAUUCUAAAUUUAAAGAGUGUUUAGGGGGAACCAGGCUGAAAGCAAAUCUGAAGUAUGAGGUGUACUGCAAGGCCUGAGAAUGGUUACAGAAAAGACUCACUUCAAUAUGUUUUUUUAAUUUUAUUUUUUAAAUAUACUCUAAAAGGAAUAGUUUAAAUCAGGACAAAUAUUUCAGUUGUAAUUUGUAACUUGUAGUGUAAGAUUAAAUUUCUACUAAAUUUGGUUCUGUUGUAUUAUCAGAAUACAGGCUUCAGUUCGGUAAAACACUUAAGCACUUGCUUAAUUUAUGAGUAAUCCCACUGACUACACUGGGAUUGAAGCAGGGCUUAAAAUUAAGCAAGAGUUUAAAUGUUUUGCUGACCAGAGAUAAGAUUACUUGCCCCACAAUUACUUCUGUAAUUUAGGACACCUAGAUACCAGAAAGACUUAGCCAAACUGGGGAAAAUUCAUGGAAGAGCAACGUAAGUGAUCAGGGAUUUAUAAGGAAUGAAAUAGUGUAACUAGGCACUGUGAAUCAUUGUAUCUCCAUUAUUAUACUAGAACAGAAAGAGUGGAAUUGAUUAGGGUGCUGAAAUAGGUAGGAAUAAUGGGAUGAAAGUGAGGAAAGAAAUGUUUAGAGUGCAUAUCAGAAAAUACUUCUUAACCCUAACUGAGGAAGUGUCCCAACAGGUUUCUACAGCUUCUCAUCACGUGCGUGAUUUUAAAACUAGAUUGGAGAAAUCACUUGAGCAUGUACUAUAAAGAACAAUUAUACAGAGGCAGUGGGAUGGACGAGACCUGCUAGGGUUUUUCCAUCUCUGAUUUCUAUAACUCAAGGAGUUAUCAGUCCAUGCUCACUGAUGAAAAUGAGCUAUGUUUCUAAUAUUAUUAAAAUGUACUUUGGGCCAGAUUGUGCCUUUAGACACAUCCCCUCAAGAGUCAUCCCACCAAAGCACAAUUUCUUCCCUGCUCCACUUUUGCUUCAGAUAAGGAAUAAGUUACAUCAGCCCUUGAAAGGGUGUAGUUUACUUCUCCCUCUUGCACCAAGACAACUAUUCCAGCCUGUGAGGGGGGGGGAAAGGGGUAGAGCUAAGACUCCAUCUCCUUGAUGUCCAUUUUCUUGAAGCAGGAAGUAUCUGAGGGCAGGGGCUGAGCUCCACAAUAAAACCAGACCCAAAAUCUAGCUAGGCUGGGGAUGGAUGGGGCCUUAUUUGCUCAACUGAGUAAGACAAGGGCAUGGUCUAACCCUUUGCAUAUGCAUUAAUGUUGAUUAAUUGCAUAGUACGCUACAGGCCUAUAACCUGUAACCUAUAACCUAUAACCUUAAAUGUAUAUUAAAGGUAAUAUAUGCACAGUUGGUUUGUGAACUAUCAAUUCCAUGUGAUUAGUGCCAUUGAGUUCAAUGGGAGUACAGUAACUCCUUGCUUAACAUUGUAGUGAAGUUCUUGAAA